ACGUCAUCACGCCGGGGUCGAGAAAAGCGCGCGUGGAGAGCGUGGGCUCGCCCGAGAGUAGAGUCUCUCAGAUACGGGUGGUACUCCGCUGGCCGGAGCCGUCGGUCGCUGUACGCCCGUCGGCCGUAGAGCUGCGCCUGCGCAGCGCCUCCGGCCGGAGCGGGUUGCGCCGACAGCCAUGGCACACCGCUGUCUGCUGCUGUGGGGCCGGGGCGGCUGCUGGCCUCGCGGCCUGCCUCCCUUGCUUGUUACUGGCGGUGGCGUGGGCCCCAACAAACGGUCCUACCUCCGGACGCUUUAUCGCUAUGCUACAACUCAAGCAACGACCAGCAGAAAUUCUCUCUUGACAGAUGUAAUUGCUGCUUAUCAAAGAUUCUGUUCUCGACCUCCAAAAGGAUUUGAAAAAUACUUUCCUAAUGGAAAAAAUGGAAAAAAAGCUAGUGAAUCUAAAGAAGUUAUGGGAGAAAAAAAAGAAUCAAAGUCAUCUGCUACCCCUCGACCUUCUGGAGGAGGCGUUGGUGGCGGUGGAAAACGAGGUGGCAAGAAAGAUGAUUCUCACUGGUGGUCCAGGUUUCAGAAGGGUGACUUUCCAUGGGAUGACAAGGAGUUCAGGAUGUACUUUCUCUGGACUGCUCUGUUUUGGGGUGGAGUCAUGUUUUACUUCCUGUUCAAGAGCUCUGGAAGAGAAAUCACGUGGAAGGACUUUGUCAAUAACUAUCUUUCCAAAGGAGUAGUAGACAGAUUGGAAGUCGUCAACAAGCGUUUUGUUCGAGUGACUUUUACACCAGGAAAAACUCCUGUUGAUGGGCAAUACGUCUGGUUUAAUAUUGGCAGUGUGGACACCUUUGAGCGGAAUCUGGAAACUUUACAGCAGGAAUUGGGCAUAGAAGGGGAGAAUCGGGUCCCUGUCGUCUACAUUGCUGAAAGUGAUGGUUCAUUCCUCCUGAGCAUGUUGCCCACAGUGCUCAUCAUCGCUUUCUUACUGUACACCAUACGGAGAGGGCCUGCUGGUAUUGGUCGAACAGGCCGAGGGAUGGGUGGACUCUUCAGUGUUGGAGAAACCACUGCCAAGGUCUUAAAGGAUGAAAUAGAUGUGAAGUUCAAAGAUGUGGCUGGCUGCGAGGAGGCCAAGCUAGAGAUAAUGGAAUUUGUGAAUUUCUUGAAAAACCCAAAGCAGUAUCAAGACCUAGGAGCAAAAAUCCCAAAGGGUGCCAUUCUCACUGGUCCUCCAGGCACCGGGAAAACACUGCUAGCUAAGGCCACAGCUGGAGAAGCUAACGUCCCUUUCAUCACUGUUAGUGGAUCCGAAUUUUUAGAGAUGUUUGUUGGUGUGGGUCCAGCUAGAGUUCGAGACUUAUUUGCCCUUGCUCGGAAGAAUGCCCCUUGCAUUCUCUUCAUCGAUGAAAUAGAUGCUGUAGGAAGGAAGAGAGGAAGAGGCAACUUUGGGGGGCAGAGUGAACAGGAGAAUACACUUAAUCAAUUGCUUGUGGAAAUGGAUGGUUUUAACACAACAACAAAUGUAGUCAUUUUGGCAGGCACCAAUCGACCGGAUAUCCUAGAUCCUGCACUGAUGAGACCAGGGCGCUUUGAUAGGCAAAUCUUUAUUGGACCACCAGACAUAAAAGGAAGAGCCUCUAUUUUCAAAGUUCACCUCAGGCCACUAAAACUGGACAGUACUUUGGAAAAGGAGAAACUGGCAAGAAAACUUGCAUCUUUAACUCCAGGGUUUUCAGGAGCUGAUGUGGCUAAUGUCUGUAAUGAAGCUGCUUUGAUUGCUGCGAGACACCUUUCAGAUUCCAUAAACCAGAAACACUUUGAACAAGCAAUUGAAAGGGUGAUUGGUGGCUUAGAGAAAAAAACUCAAGUUCUGCAGCCUGAAGAGAAGAAAACUGUGGCAUACCAUGAGGCAGGUCAUGCGGUUGCUGGCUGGUAUCUGGAACAUGCAGACCCACUUCUAAAGGUGUCCAUCAUCCCAAGGGGCAAGGGACUGGGUUAUGCUCAGUAUUUACCCAAAGAACAAUACCUUUACACCAAAGAGCAGCUCUUGGAUAGGAUGUGCAUGACUCUAGGUGGCCGAGUGUCAGAAGAAAUCUUCUUUGGGAGAAUUACAACUGGCGCUCAAGAUGACUUGAGGAAAGUGACUCAGAGUGCAUAUGCCCAAAUUGUCCAGUUUGGCAUGAAUGAAAAGGUUGGGCAAAUCUCCUUUGACCUCCCGCGUCAGGGUGAUAUGGUAUUAGAGAAACCUUACAGUGAAGCCACUGCAAGACUGAUCGAUGACGAAGUACGAAUACUUAUUAAUGAUGCUUAUAAAAGAACAGUAGCUCUUCUCACAGAAAAGAAAGCUGACGUGGAGAAGGUUGCUCUUCUAUUAUUAGAAAAAGAAGUAUUAGAUAAGAGUGAUAUGAUUGAACUUUUGGGCCCCAGACCAUUUGCAGAAAAAUCUACCUAUGAAGAAUUUGUGGAAGGCACUGGCAGCUUGGAUGAAGACACUUCACUUCCAGAGGGCUUGAAAGACUGGAACAAAGAGCGGGAAAAGGAGAAAGAGGAGUCCCCAGAUGAGAAAAUUGCCAAUCAGAUCCGAGGAGGGAGGCCGUUUUAGCUUGUAUUGUGGUUUCGGUUUGCACGUUAUUUCAACUCUGGCUUUCUUGGGAGAAUGGGAACACUGCUAAGUUGAUUUAACCAGCUGCUAACCAGUUGAAGUGGUGGGAAGAGGAGGAGUACUUAACCCUCAGCUUCAGAAAUCCCUGCAGGGGUGGCAGGGUGGUUUUCCCCAAGGCCCUGGGCCCUUGGAUAGCCCCUGGAAGAGUGGAGAUUGGAUCCCAGCAGUCUUCCCUCUCCACCGUCAGUGAAAGCCAGCUGAACGUGUGAAGUGGAGAGAAUCUGAGAGCUCACCACAUGGAAAAGGUCUGCAUCUCACUUUGCAUCACCCCACUCUUCAUUCCCAUUUUCCUUCGAAGGCUGUGAAAUUAAAAGAGUCCUGAUACGAAUAUUUUAAUUUGACUAAUACUUUAAAGAUUGAAUCCAGAUCACAUGUUGCUGUUUUAAUGGAAUGGUUUUCUACAGAGGGCUGUAACAUAUUUAAAAUAUGAAUGUAUUAUGUAAAUAUGGCUUCUUUACAUCAAAAAUAAAGUGUAAACAUUAUACUUCUUUUCUUCUGACCACAGAGAGGGCCACUGUUUAUGCUUGGACUGCUUUCUUUUAGAAAACAAAAUGUUGGUCUUUCUGGUUCUCAUCAGCUCCCAUAAGACAAUGAGUAACUUUUAGGUUUGUGUGUCCUGGAAUGAACUCGGGGUAUAAAGUACAUUGAUACCAACUCGGUACAAAAAUCUGCAAUAAUGGCAUCAGUUUACACCCUUACUGGACUAAUCAUCACCAUAUGUUGGUCACAUUGUCUGGGUCUGGAAGUAAGUGUGUAAUAAUAGUGGGUGUGGCAGGUUGUCCCAAGCCAUCAACUGGAUUUCGGAAAAGGGCAGUGACAAUAAGCUAGGGAGGCCCCUGUGCUCUGAAUGGCUUCCCAGCUGUGAAUUACAAGCUGUAAUACCCUUCCAAUACUUCCAAUACUACAAAAGUGGAGGUCUGCAAUGUUACAAACCUAGGUUAGGUCAGAAUUCUUACCAAAAGAUGGUGUGAAGAUGUACUAAGUCUAAAAAUGUCACUAUUUGGAUUUGGAGGUACCAUACAUUUUUGCAUUUAUUAACAUAUUUUUAGCAGCCUCCUUCAGUGUUAUUCCAGCAUGCAUUGCGUGUUCUUGAUAUAGUUAAAUAUGUUGUGGGAAUGAUAACUCCUCAGAUUUAAGACACAGAAUCUGUGGCAUCUCCACUGCACUGGGCUAGUGGGAUGAGGGGUGGCUCAGGCAGGCUGCUCUAUCUUGUGACGACUAUUCCAGUUGUCCCAAAGAUGCCAAACUCCAGCUCACUUGACACAGGAGCAGCUCUUCUGACCACUAACUCUUCAUCAUAGGAGACACUUGAAGUGUCUCAGCUCCUCUAGCAGUGAGUGACAUGCAGAAGUCACAAACAGACUGCCUCCUUUCCUCAGGAUGCUUGUGGGAAGUAGUUGAGUGAAGAAUUGUUUUAAGGCUGCAAGGGGACUCACACUAUCAGGAUGUCUAGUGCAUUGUUCUCCACAUAAGCAGUAGACAACAAGGAGACAAGAUACUCUGUACUCCUUUCCCAUCCCAUUGCAGAGGUACCAGUGUAUGCUAUUCUGGCUGGCCUCAGCUGGGAGGCUUCUGGGUGGAAGUGAGUUGUGCCAAACAUGAGUCAUGUUGAUUCAGUAAGAAAACUGACAAAGCUGUGUGUGAGAGACUGAGUCAGAUGGUAACCCACACCUGCGGCCUCCAGCAGGCCUCCUCAUGGUCACACCUGUACUCUAGCACUGUUGUGAGCAUUACCUUUGUUGGGACCUAAACAGAGUGUGGCUCACAGCAGGUGCUCCCAGCACCUCUUUUCUCCUUCAAGGUCAAUCAAACCUAAUAGCAUGUUUCCAGGUUAGUUGGGGGUGGCAAGGUUUCUUUACUGUAAUUUCACAGAAUAGUUCAGAUUCCUGCUGUCUGCUCAAGGGUGGGGCUUACUUAGCACAAAAUAAAUGCAGUUACUGCAUGUGACCUGUGGCAUCACAGCACCAGGUGGGGCUAGGUCAUGCUGUGAGGUGGCCAUAGAUCUCGGCUGCAAAUGGCAAAGGCUUAUUUCUUGUCCAACAAAGGUCAGGGGGCUUCGCUCAGCAGUUACCAGUGGAGAUGCUGGGUCAUCUACAGGAGGAAUUGGGGUCCCCACUUGGGAGGCAGAGCACAGGGCCAACCACUAACAUUUGCUUCUACCUGGAAGUGACAUCCACUCAUAAUUUUGGCUAAAGCAAAAUCAGGUUCACAGCUAACUUUGGCAAUGUUUGCCAAUUAUUAAUAAUAGCCUGGUCCUGUUCUAUGGAAUUUUACUUUGCAAGACCUCUUAGAGAAGUUGUGGCUACUUGACAGGAACCAUAAAAAUGAUUUUUUGCACAGAAAACUUCACCCUCCCUUCUGGGCUGGGCCAGUGGCCUGGGUUCCUGGUCUGAGAACUCAUGGAAGAAGCUCAGCAGAUCUUGGAAACCUACCCUACUCUCACCCACCAAGGGCUUGCUAGAAGCGUGCAAGUAAUUUUCUGUGGCUCCUCUGGCAAAUCUCAGCUGAGUUGUCAGGGAAGGCUGGGACCUACUAGCCCAGGAUAUAACCUAGGGAGGUGACAAAUUCUGUGGGAAGUCUAAAUGCUGGUUGCAAAUGUGGAUGAAGGGCUGUUCAUUACACAUGCAUUAUUACCUUUAGGCUCAGAAUUCUGUCUACCACCCUUAAAGCCUACAAUUCAAGAAAAGCCUCUUUCCUCAGUUCUUUCAGUGAGCUGCAGGGGCAGUUCAUUCAGCAAGGCACUAGAAAUCUAAGCAACCAUUGAAAUGAUGCAAAGUAACAAAUCAUAAAACAGGCUGGAAGAAACAAAAUUUUUAUUAUGAAUAAAUUGUUUCAAAGGUUAAUAUUGCAUUUUCAAUAUAAGGCAACACUGCACAGCUUCAUUUCAAAGGAUAAAAAAACACUUCUCUGCUAAUUCUCAGACAUGAUUGAACUCUUAUAGAAGGUGAGGUUUAUUUGUUUAGCCCCUUAUUGGUGGCCCAUUAUUUCUUUUAAAUCCUCCUGUAGAAAAUGUUGCUAGUCUGAUCUUGCUGGGUUGGACUGCCAAUUCUCUUCUUUUUGAAUGUGCUUUCUUUAUUCUAGAUGACGGUACAAUUUUAUUGCAUUUGGGAGGGACAUGCACCCAUACAUUAAGACCAGUUCAUCAUUUGCUGGCCAUUACAAUUAAGACACAUCAAAGUUAAAGAAAAUCUGCAUUGUCAUAUUUGACACAGGGGCACUCUUCUAUUCAUUGAUCUCUUCU